AUUGACAUUCCGAGUUAGUGUUUUCAAGGUGUUUUCAGUUGAUAUUAAAAAACUUAAUAUCACAAGAUAAAACUAAAUAAAGAUAUCGAAUGUGUUUUUAAUAAUGGGGUUCGGUUUUCAAAAUGUCGGCUCAUUUAUUAGAGAGUGCAAUGGUACUACGUUGCGUUACGACCAAGCGUGUUUGAGUAUUUUGACCGACGAAGAAGUUACUUUAUGGAGCCAAUAUGCGGAGUGUGAUGGGUGCAAAUUGCUGCCAACAGCAACGUUCCCGAAGUCUGAUCCGAUAAUAGUCCGCACCUCCGACACUCUGCUCUACGCUCUGAAAAACAGCAGUGGAAUAAUAUGCAAAGGAUCCUAUCAGUUCGGCGAAUAUGGACAAUACGUUUUCAAUCUCACCGAGGGCGCAAAGAAUAAAUGCCUGCCCCGCAUGACUGCGGAACCGGACGCCGCCUACCUCCCGAUCCUGACAACGAUCCUCAUACUCCUGUCCAUGGCCACGAUGUGGUACGUCGUGAAAGGCAUCGGGAAAAGGGUGGUGGCCGGUAGACUAUACGCGAGGUUCUUUGCUAGAGAAGAUAACGAGCUGGGUUCGGAAACCAGAGUGCUGACCGAGGUGAGCGUGGUGAGGCCCCCGGUGAGGUCCAGGCUGCGGUCACUGGACAUCUUCAGGGGAUUCGCCAUAGCUCUAAUGAUCUUCGUGAACGCAGGCGGCGGUGGUUACUCGGUGUUCGCUCACAGCACGUGGAAUGGGUUAACGGUGGCCGAUGUGGUGUUCCCGUGGUUCGCCUUUACCAUGGGGGAGGCCCUAGUUCUGUCGCUCAACACUAAGCUUCGCACCGCCAUGCCGAGGACUACGGCUUUCUAUCAGGUGGUCCGUCGCUCGCUGUUCCUGUCCCUCAUCGGGAUAGUCCUGGGCUCAGCCGACAGCACCUGGACCGACGUCCGUCUCCCGGGAGUGUUGCAGCGCCUCGCCGCCAUGUACCUCAUCGUGGGCGCCCUCGAGUGCGCGCUCAUGAGGACAACGCAGAACAUCACACCAGGCCGUUCAUUAUUACGGGACAUCGCGACCGGGUGGCAGCAGUGGCUCGCUACCAUACUGCUCGUUGCUAUACAGGUUUGCAUAUCCCUGACGGUGGCGGCUCCCGGUUGUCCCCGAGGGUACUCCGGUCCAGGUGGGAUACAUCUCUCGGCCGCCGGCAACCACUCGCUCAAGAACUGUACCGGAGGGAUCGCUGGAUACAUCGAUAGAACGCUACUGGGCCCCGCGCAUCUGUACCGAGGUGGAACCUUCAAGGAGUUAUACCGCACCGUCGUGCCUCACGACCCUGAGGGUAUACUGGGCGUCUUCUCAGGAGUGCUGGUGGUGCAGGCUGGCGCUCACGCCACCAGGAUCAUGCUUGCCUACAACCACGCCAGAGCAAGGAUAAUGCGCUGGAUAUUCUGGUCGAUAAUGUUCGGUGUCGGCGGUGGCGCCCUCUGCAUGUUCUCUAAGAACGGCGGCCCGGUGCCCAUCAACAAGAACCUGUGGUCGGUGUCCUACUGUCUCGUGACGUCAUCGAUGGCGUUCUUCAUACAGGCCGUGCUGUACUUCAUCGUCGAUCUGAAGAACAAGUGGGGCGGCAGACCUCUGUAUUACGCUGGUCAAAAUGCUCUAUUCCUUUACGUCGGCUCAGAGCUGUUGAAGCGUCACUUCCCAUUGCACUGGUACCUCGAGGCGCCGACGCACGCUCAAUUACUGGCAACACACGCCGGCGCCAUGUUGAUAUGGUUAGCGGUCGGCGUUUUCUUGCACAGGAAGAGAAUCUUCAUAACGUUGUAAAUAAAAUGUUUGUUCCAAUAAUAAAUAAAUAAAUCGUAUAUUUUCGGUAUUUGUUUCGGUGAGCUGGCAACACUGAUGAUUGAUUGUCUGCGGACGUAGCUUUGGUAUGUAGAUUAUUCUGUGAAUCAAUCCGUUACAUAAAGUUGUAUUAAUAAUAUAAAUAAAACACUACCAAUGCAAAUUGAUAUUUAUGAGAGAAUUCGACCGUCAUAACUUUCAUACUUUCUUACAUCAAACAAAAAAAAUAUAGAGGAUUUUUGUUGGAAUUGAAUAUUCUAUACAUUUGGCAAACAGCUGAGAACAGUUGAAGAGAUGUGAAUGACCUCACCACGACCGUCAGGCGCCCCUUAGCGAUUCGCCAUUUUGGAAUUUAAUUUUGUAUAAAUUUUUUUUAAAGGAUUUUAGGACCUGGUAACUAAGACCUUUAAGUCAUGUCUUAUUUUAAUUUAUAUUCUUAUUUUUAUGAAAAAUUAUAAUAUGGAGUGAAAUUAAAUGAAAUGAAGAUGAUUAAUUUGAGACCUUAAUCAACUGGGAUGAAAUAUAAUCUCAGUAAAAUGGUGGUCAUUUACUGAGAUUUUUUCAGUGGACUUUUUGGAGGAUCCCGAGAAGUUACGUCCAGCGGUUUUGUUUUAUUUUCCCACAUUUGUGCACUUUCAUAGAUACUAAACAGUUAAUAAGCCACUGUUGUCACACAUUUAAACGUGUAGAAACUAAAUUAACAACAUACAAUUCACACAACUUCUCUCCUCGCGUUCUCCACUCAAAAGUAUAGACUACAAAUGGCAGAUGUACAUAUUAUUAUGCUUCUUUGAAUAGUCUAUGAACAAGGAAACACAGUUGUUUUAACACACAACACAGAAAACACAGUAACCUAUCAAUAUAAUAAUUAAAGAUUUUUAUAAUCUCGACACUGGCAAUAUUAGUGUCGAAAGAAGCUAAUGAAUUACAAUUUCAUAUAAAUAAAUGAACUUCACUUCAUUCCGCUUAAUUUUUCAUUUAAAGUAUUUAUAUCGUAAUUAAUGAUUUUAAUAAAUUUUUCGUGCCUGGUAGCAUAAGGGACAAUACACGCGGACGGGGCUAAAAAAAUUUAUAAACUCGAAACUGGCAACAUUCGCAUCGAAAGAAGGUGAUUGCCAUACUGAAAAAAAAGAAGAGUUAUGAAUUCAUGUAGUCUUUGUCUUCUCUUCACUGUGUCAAAUAGUAAUUUUGUCUGCGAAAACAGCUAAAAAUAUACAGAUUAAUUUUGUUAUUAAUUAAUAAUAGUUUAAGCGGUACCAGCUUUUCAUUCACUUUGGUCGCAUGCUCAGCGCGAGAUAAGUGAGGAAAAAAAAUAUGUUAAGAUUUUUGUAGUAAGGAUUUACAUUUUAGGUUAUAUUGUGUUAUUAUCAUGACUAAUCGAAUGGCAUAGAUAUUUAUUCUCCGAGCUCAAUGGUUUUACUUUCAAAUGAGGUUAAUCUUUGAAUUGGACAUGUUUAGGACGGAUGAUUUGACAAUAAAAAUAAAGGUUGAAUUAUGUAAAUUUAAGUUUUUUUUCCGGUAACAGAAUGGAGGGUAGAGUUGAAAGUGAUUAUGUAUAUUAAAAAUAUCCAUAGAACCGUGUCUUGAAGAUGGCUUUACUUAUUAGGAACGCGGAAGAUUCUAGAAAUUAAAGGGAAGCGCUUACAUAAUAUAUGCGAUUUUAAUUUUAUAUACAUCUUUAUACAACGCUUCCACGAAGCGAACAGUUUUUUUUUAUCUUUUAAUUUAUUGGAAUACUUCUUUAAUUAUUAUAAUAUAUUUUUUUGAUCACAUAUUUAGUAUUAUUUAAAAAAUAAUAAUAUUGACAACUUAUAAUCUCACUCCGAUAUAAAUUAUCGCCGUUCUGGGCGUUUAUUGAACUUGAUUCUUGAUCUUUGAUUAUUGUUUUUUUGUGGUCACUUAUGUAAUUGAUUAUCCGAAGAAUGACUUCUAUUCUACCCUGCAUGGUUUUUACCUUGGCUUUGUUGAGAUUUAUCCUCAUUACGCCGCAUUAUCGUUAGCCAAAACGCGGCAUGAAUUGUUUUGUUUUAACGUCUCGCUCGGUAUGAACACAGUGAAGUUCUGUAUCAAAUAUUGGUAAUUAGGAUUAUAUAAGUUAUUACUAAGCUAAUUAAACUUUAACUUGAAUAACCUAUACAGCAUUAAUAAUGUAAUCGCAUCCACAUAUUGAAUAGAAUAGAAUUAAAUAGGUAUACUUAUAUAAAAUCAUUUUAUUUUCGUUUAUAUAGAUGACUAAAAUAAAAUCGAUAUUGUUUUGAUUUUUCAUGAUUUCGUUACCGACUUCUUUUUUAUGUUAACAACAAUGUAUCUUUUAAAUAAAUUAAAAAGAAAUAAAA